GCGCUUGGUCACCCUUUGGCCCCCACUUCGUCCCUUCCUCCCUCACUCCCCUUGUUUCAUCUAAUUCCUUUCAUCCAUUCAUUCCAUCUUUGACCGACUCCAACAACUGGGUCUUCAAACCCCUUUGCUUGUCUCUUUACCCCGGAGUAGAAACGAUCCAGCUUUGACUCUUCUUUGCCGUAUCACUUGCUCAAGUCAAGCGUAAUUUUCUAUUCCCCUCUUUCUCAAUUCCGUUUCUUACUUGUCUCGCCUUUCGUGCUGUUUUGAACCCUACGAGGAUUGUUGUGGUUUUGGUUGGGAGGUUUCCCAAUUGGGUUUUGUGUUUGUGGUUCUGAUUUUGGUUGGGUUGUUCUCUGUUUUGUGAAUUGGAUUUUGGGUGUUUCCUGUUUUGGGGGUUAGAGCUACAGGGAAGAAAGUCAGAUUUGUUGUUUGGUGGUUUGUUGCUGGGGUGUUUUUUUAAGGUUAAUUGUAUCUGGGAUUUUUUUUUUUGUUGUGUUGGAGUCAGCUAAGAAAAGGGCAGCUCUUGUGCUUGAUUUGUUUGAAUUUGAUUCCUUAAGCAAACUGGGGUUGUUUUGAGCUUGCUUGGUGGGUAUGUGGCCAAGUACGUGUAUUUCAUUUGGUGAAGUUGUCUAGUGUGAUUCAAACUUCUGGCUUUUGAGCUUCAAGUUUGAAUCUUUGAACUCCUGUGCUGUUGUUUUGAAGCUUAUGAAUGGUUUGACUUUGUGGAGGCAUUCACAGAAGGUAGAUUGGUUGGUGGUUUGAGUUUGUUUGCGUUUUCUACAAAAUGGAUAACUCCACAAAUAGGCAUACUGAUCAUUUGGGGGUGAACAAGAUUGGGAAAAAUAUAAGGAAGAGUCCUCUGCACCAGCCCAAUUUCGGUAAUGCUGCUGCUAGUGCUGCUAAUGCUGUGAAUCCUGCUAGGCAACAGCCUCAGCCUCAGGUGUACAACAUAAGCAAGAACGACUUUAGGAACAUUGUUCAGCAGCUUACUGGUUCGCCAUCACAAGAUCCUUUGCCGAGGCCUCCCCAGGGUCCGCCCAAACCCCAAAGUAUGCGGUUGCAGAAGAUCCGACCUCCUCCAUUGACACCUAUCAACAGACCUGUAGUCCCACCUCCAGUCCCUGUACAGGCACCCCCGCCGCCCGUUCCUUACAAUAAUGGCUUUGUUAGGCCUCCCCAUUUUGGACAACCAUCACCAACACCGAUGCCACCGUUUCCACCUGGAGAUUCAAUGUGGCCGAAUACAGCUGAGUCUCCAAUCUCAGCAUAUAUGCGGUGGCUUCAAAGUUCAAUGCUGGAUCCAACUCCAAGGGGAAACCAGCCUCAGCCUCAACCACAAGGUCCAGGUCAAAUUCAAGGACAGCCACCAUCAACUGGUUUACUUCCCCACCCAUCCAUGCCUGGGCAACUGCCCCCAAGAAUGAAUGGCCCUGUACCACCUGCGCCUAAUCUCCCAUCCCCGCAAAUGGGUGGUCCUCCACUGUUACCCUCUCCAACUUCCCAGUUCCUAUUGCCAUCCCCAACCAGUUACAACUACUUGUUAUCUCCACGGUCACCUUAUCCAUUGCUUUCACCUGGGACACAGUUUCCUCCACUGACCCCCAAUUUUCAGUUUUCACAAUCAGGGAUAUUAGGUCCAGGGCCUCAAGCCCCACCUUCUCCAGGCUUUUUAUAUCCAUUAUCUCCUUCAGGGUUUUUUCCCAUUUCAAGUCCACGAUGGAGGGGUUAAUAGCUGUCUCAACAGUGUUGUGCAUUUGGCUUCCAUGCUUGUUACUGAGCUCGUUUUUAUGUAGAUUCGUCUACUUGUUAGAGCUUCUGUUGUGAAAAAUGUAUUGUAUACUGGUAGUGUAAGAGGUCCUUUCGGCGACUUGUAGUUCAUUUGUGUUCUCUUUAUUUGUCUUUUGACACUCAUUCUGCAGCUAAUCCUAAAUCCUGUAACAGCUGCUAUCUUUUUUUUUAUUUUUUCGACGAGUUCAAUUUAGGAAAUAUAGUGAAGAUCAUCAAAAGGGCAAUUGGGGAAGAUUGGACAGGAGCAUGAGCAUAACAUGAAUGUUAGAAAGACAGCUGUAACAUGAAAGGAGGUAGGACACUUGAAUUACAUAUGUAGGCUCUUUAGAAAGAGUUCUUGUAAUUGUAAUAUUUGAAUUAAAUCUUAGUUUGAUGUUGAGUUCUUCUGCAGUUA